AUGCCUGUUUCCACCAGAGCGGCAAGCCUACUUUUGGCCUUUUCGGCCCUUGCCGGUUAUGCGUCCGCUAUCGAAGUUAAUAUCUGUUCGGAUUUCAACACUGCAUCGGGCAGCGCAAACUCGUCCAACCUUCAAUCCAAUGGUCUUUGCUCGGACUUCUGCCGCGGCAGCUACGUUUUUGCCAUCACAUCGCACCAGAACUGCUGGUGUUCCAACUACGCCCCUGCCAAGGCCGACGUCCUUGAUACCACGGCUUGCAAUUUUGGCUGCCUCGGCUACCCUUACGAAUUCUGUGGCACCAAGGACAAGGACGGCUACAGCUAUCUCAGUCUGGGCCCCCAACCGUCUGGUACCAAGGGCUCAGGCGAUAGCGGCCCCUCUUCAACCGAUUCCUCCUCGUCUACCUCUUCUUCCACCACCUCUAAACCCGAAUCAACGACGUCUUCGUCAAGUACCUCGUCUCCGUCCACGACGCAGUCAAGCUCCUCAUCUUCCCAAACCUCGAGCAGCAUCAUCUCAACCGUCACGGUGGACGGUAAGGUAACGACAGUCAUUGUGAUGCCAUCGGCUACUGGCGAUACCAGUCAAGAAAACAAGCCUGUCCCUGCCGGCGGUAGCUCCGGUCUCGGCGGCGGUGCUAUUGCCGGCAUUGUCAUUGGCGCCGUUGCUGGCAUUGCCCUUCUUGGCUUGCUCAUCUGGUUUCUGCUGCGUCGCCGCAAGCAAAACCCCGAUGACGAGUUCAGAGACGAUCCUAGUGUGCGUGGCAGCUCUCGCGGCCGAAUGGGCUCUCACCAGCACGACCUGAGCAUAGCGGGCUCGGCGCCCUCACCGGGUUCGGCAGGCAACCGUAACAGUAUGUUGCAGGUUGAUCCUCGUAUGGACCCGUUCAAGCAGAAUCUUUACGCUCGAAACGCAAGCACCGAAAGCGUGAACACCCUACGCGACGAACACGACUACUCGAGACGUAUCCAGGCGCCCAAGGUCCUCCGAGCGACAAACCCCGACCCCGACCCGUAA